UCUGAGUAAAAAAACAGAUCCUGGAAAAACCUGGGAAAAAUAAAGUCGGAAAAAGCAAAACAGUUUUAACAAGGUUUCAUUCCCUUAUUACACAGUUUGUUGGAUUUGAUUCCCUCAGGGGGUAUUACACUUGUACACCUUGUUUGUACCAACACAAUAAGCAAGAACGCCGUUGAAAUUCUCCUGAAAAAACCCGUAGGAAUAUAUACACAAAUAAGCGUAAGAAUACAAAGGAAAGGGUAGAUAUUGCUGCCAAGACUGAUCAGAUAUGGGAUGCAGAAAAGGAGGACUUGCAGAGGAAGAAAACGCCGCCGCCGCCGCCGCCGUGUCGGAGGUUUUGCUGUUCACCACCAUGUGCAUCAUUGGCCUCCCGGUGGAUGUCCAUGUGAAGGAUGGCUCAAUUUAUUCCGGCAUAUUCCACACGGCCUGUGUAGAGGACAGCUAUGCUAUUGUAUUGAAGAAAGCAAUGAUGGUCAAGAAGGGGACUCGGAAAGCGAAUGUAACUAGUGGAAGUGUGAUUGAUACGCUCGUUAUUCUAUCUGAAGAUCUCGCUCAAAUUGUUGCUAAGGGAAUUACACUUCCAGCUGAUGGUAUUCCUGGAUAUGUGAAGGGCGACGAUGGAGGAGCCAUAGCUGACGAUAUUCCUUCCAAUGAGGGUGCAGAGAGGGAGGCAAAGUCUGCAAAGCCUAAUGAGUCCAGCACAGAUGUGCUAUUGCCCAAUAGAAAAAAAGAUGCUCAAGACAGCAUGAAGGAUAGACCAACAGAUAAUGGAGAGAGCCAUGUGUUUCAACAAGGGAAAAUUCCACUUGAAGCUCGAGGCUCAAAUCCACAUUUGAAUGUGUGUGAAACUCAAUCAAAUGCUGUGGAGAAUAUUAGUGUGAGGCCAACCUUGGAACGGUCACUGGCUAAUGCGUCUCCUGACUUUCCCCUUGUGUCUUUGGUCAAACUUGAUCAGAACUUCGAACAGAAGAACAUUCAUGAGCGACGAAGCAUAGAAAAUAGUCAAAGUUCUGCUACUCCUCCAUCUAGUGUUCUGAAAGAUGGUACACCUAUUGCAGGUGUUACCUCUAAGGUGUCCCUCGGUUCAUCAUUUGUGCAAACUGAUCUAGUGCCCCCACGAAAUUCAAGCUGUAAUAAAGCUGCAAAGGAGUCUAAGCUCAACCCAGGGGCCAAGAUAUUUCGUCCUUCCCUUGGUCACCAUAGAGCAGUUAACCCUCCUACAGUGCCAACAAUGGCUUAUGCACCUGACUCCUGUCCCGUGUUACCUGUUGCUACUCCUGAACCCGAAGUUGAAAUAAGUCCAUUUGUUCCUCGAUCUUCUGUACCUAUUAAGUUUGUCCAAUGUAACAAUAUGGUAGCAGGAAAUGGCAAUAUCGAUGUACAGUAUUCCCAACCUGCAAUGGGAUAUGUGGGGAACCGGACAGCACCAACUAGGUAUGCUAGUCAGUAUCAUCAACUUCAGACUGGGACUGGAUAUGUUCAUCCAAACUCGGAAAAUGUCAUGGUUGGACGACUGGGACCAGUUCUUUAUGUGCAUCCUGUUUCUCAUGGUAUUAUGCAGAGUGGAUCAGCGUUCUCCCAAGUAUCCUCGUGUCCUUUGUUGAAUCCGCAUCAGGCUCAUCUUCCUAAGCAUCAAGGGAAUGCAACCACGCAAACAUUGCCCGUGUGUAUGACUCCCCCUUUCAUCGCUGGUGCGCAGCAAACAUACACAAUCCCGAGUCAGAUUCCUAUUUCACAUCCUUCUUUCCCUGUUCUGCGACCGAUGCAAGUUCCGGGGUCCAACGGUUUUUUCAGCCCUAAAUUCGCGUGAUGCCAUCCAGCCAGCAUCACCGGCGGCAACGAUUCUUCUUUCGUUCUCUGAGUUCCAGCAAGUUUUGGCUUUUUAUUUAUAUCGUUACAUGUUAUACCUUAUUCAUUUUUACUGCAUAUGAGAGCAGGUUAUUCUUUCAUAUAAACUGGAUAUUGUAAAUUGAGUUUUGGCAGGCGAAACUGUUAGUUUUCAAUUUUCAAGCAUAGGAAGAUUCUUAGUUGUGAGAGUUUUGGUUUCAGUUUUGAAAUGCAUAGAAAGCAUCAUACGUUGUUUUUUCCUUUGACAUGCUAAAUGUCAGCAAAUACAGAUGCUGUUGUUUCC